GAAUGUAUGGACACGCACGACCCCAGAGGUAAAAUGUAUACCGACGUUACAAAUGAAAAUCGUGCCUGGUUGUGGCAGGUAUGUACCGAAUACGCCUAUUGGCAAACAGGUGCACCACUCUGGAAAUCUACCAUUGUUUCUCGUAAAUUAAACACAGCUUGGUUCCAACGUCAAUGUCCGUUGACUUUUGGUGAACACGAAGUUCCCAGAAGACCAAUCUGGCGUGAAAUUAAUCGUGAGUAUGAGGGUUGGUAUGUCAGUUUGGACCGUGUUUUCUGGAUUGAUGGUGAGUACGAUCCCUGGCGUGAGGAUAGCAUUCAAAGUGAA